AUGAUUAGAAAAAAGGCCAAGAGAAAAGCAACCAAACUUUUAGAAGACAGAAAGCCAAAAGUUAUUGAAAAUCCAAAAAGAUCCCUCAUCUUGUCCGGAAGAAAAGUAAAUAAGGAUCUCAAGACAUUAUUACAAGAUCUUCAUCGCUUACGUACACCAUUCUCUGUUAACUUUACACAAGAAACACACGACUUGUUACCAUUCGAAGAAGUCCAACCAAUUGAAAAGCUAGUAAAAUCCGAAGAUACAUCUCUUUUCCUUAUUGGAUCCCACCAAAAGAAAAGACCAAACAAUAUAAUAAUGGGAAGAUGUUUCGAUCAACAAAUCUUAGAUAUGGUUGAGUUCGGAGUAAGUGAAUUGAAACAAAUGGAAUCCAAGGCAAGCCUAUUGAACAAUCUCGGAAGCAAGCCUUGUAUUGUAUUUAAAGGAGAUGAAUUUAAAAACAAUCCACAAUUUGAAACUAUUAGAAGCAUGUUUUUAGAUUUUUUCAGAAUUGAAGAUCCUUCAUCAAUCAAUUUAUUAGGUUUAGAUCAUGUUAUUUCAAUUACUGCUAUUGAUAGCAAUAAUUUAGCUUUUAAUCAUUACAAAAUCAAUUUUGAAAAGAGUGGUCAAAAAACUCCUCAUGUUCAAUUAGUUGAUAUUGGUCCAUCAAUGAAGUUGUCUCUCCGAAGAACAAGAUGGGCUUCUGAUGAUUUAAAGAAGAAUGCCAUGAAGAUUCCAGAUGUUUUGAGAAAGAGCAAGGAUCGUUUAAAGAAUGUUUUCAGAGAUGAACUAGGUAACGUACAAGCCAAGAUUCACGUACAACAACAAGACAUUAAAACUAUUGGUACAAAGAAUUUCAGAGCCACAAGAAAAGGAGUUGCAGAAGAAACAACAAAGAAGUUAGAUAUGAUGGAGAGAAUGGAUAAGUUUUUAUACGGAAAAAGAAAGCUUUCAUCAUCAACGCCCACUUCAUCAAAUGAUUCAACCUCUACUCCAACAACAGAAACAAAAACACCACAACCUCCAACAAAGAAAAUCAAACAAUAAAUUUAUUGCUGACAUCAUCAU